CCGCCCUUUCCUCUCCCUAACUUUGGCUGUGUCGACUUUCUGUUUUGCAGUGAUUUGAUUGCUUGGACCCAGCUAUGUGAUUUGGGUCGGACACACCUCACCCUGCACCACCACCACCGACCCUCCUCUUCAUCUUCAUCAUCGACAGACCAAACGGCGGUCUUUAUUUAAGCUGUGUUGUCGUCGCUCUCCACGGUCGGAGAAGAUGUCCGCUGGUUUCCCCGGGCCGGUGCCAGUUUAGGAAGAUCUUUUUUUUCCCCGCGGAGUCUCAUCAGGACACGCGGACGUUUUUUUUUUUUGUUUUUUUUUUGUGCUCAUCCUGUUGUCAUCUAGAGGCAGCUGCCAAGGGUCUUAAACACGGAGCUGCACGGCUGUGAUACGGUGCUCUGGACUGUUUACGUGAAGUUAAAGGACAUGUCUGCUGUGCCAGGCCAAGUCGAGGACGGGCAGGGGAUGCCCUCCGGCUAGCAGCGCUAACGCUUUCUUGGACCACAGCUAAGUUAGGUCACAAAACACAGCAGGCUGCUUAGCGCAUUAUUGUGGACGCUGUGCUUUGUUUUUCAACACGCUCCUCAGUUUUCAGGCAGACGGUCAGACGGUGUGAACCAGAAAAGGGGCAGCUAACACAAGAUGCCGAAAUAGCGGUUAGCUUAUCGUUAAAAUCUCGUCUCGAGCUGACAAGAUCGACGUUGGAGCAGCGACGUGAAGCUAGCUAGCUUCAGCAUCACAACAACAACACAACAAAUGCCCAGCCUUUAUUCACUGACUCAACGCACUGUAGAGACUGAUGUCUGUCCGCCACUAAAUGUUAAUGUAAAUGAUAAGUUACAGCAAAGACAAAUAGAUGAUUUAGUUGAGCCGGAGGGUGGACAAGUAUGACUACUAACUAACGAUCAGGUUACUUAAAACAAAUAAUAACUUAAAAAAAAAGAUAAAAUAAAAAGUGUGAUAUCAGGGUUUAUUGACACACAGCUAAGAGAGUUCAGUUUAAGGUGUCUAGGAGCAACCUGAUGACCAUGGAGGGAAAUGUACAACAACAGAAAACGACUCCUCUAUCUCGGGAGCUGACGAAGAUAUUUAACAGCUACAACAAGCACACCGUCCAGCUGAAGAAGAACCUGAAGGAGACGAAUUUAUUCUUCCGGGAAAUAAGGCAGAAUUACAGCAAUACUUGUGCAUCAACCAUGAGCUCGGAGUCAGCUUCUCUGGAGGCAGGCCAGUUAAGCUGCAUCUCUUUCCCGGUCCACGAAGAAGAGUUCCUACGCAACACUGUGGGUGCUGCCCCGUACAUCCUGGUACUCGGCCAGGACUGCACUGCCCGCUACCAGCUGCUCAACUGCCUUCUGGGGGAGAGACUGUUGCCGCUGGGCCCUGAGGCCGGAGAGGCUUGUGAAGGAGUCCAGGGCACUGUCUGCAAGAGGCGCAAGCUGUGUUUCACCCACGGGAGACAGACACGGCUGAGUUUGGCGCUCCCUGGCCAGUAUGAGCUUGUGCACCAGCUGGCAGCUAACUGCGGCCGCUGGGAUACGGUGCCCCGGGAAGACCUGGAGAUUCACGAGGAAUGCGAGGACCCGGCCCACAGGCUAGCUGAGCUGGAGAUAACUCUGCAUCAUCCACUGCUCCAGGAAGCAAAGGUCAUGGUGGUGCCCUGUCCGAGCGUCCAACCCAUAGAAGAAGCCCUGGAAGACUGUACUCGUAACGUGGUCCCCAUCAUACUGUACGCCAUCAACAAGGACUCUCUAAGCACAGAGCAGGCGGCUGAGCUCUGGAAGGUCAAAGAGAUGCUCCCCUUUCCCAUCUGUUUUGUUCGUAUCCCUGACACCAUGCCGUCAGCCUCCCCAGAACCCGGGCGCCGUGCCGAGAAGGAAAAGGAGAAGAGCGCCCUCCAUAAGCAGCUUCUCUCCCUCGGCUUCCUUAGUGGCCCGACAGGAAACUGCUCCUGUGGCGCCCCUACACAGAUGCCCACACCGGGUGCUAAACCCCAGAGCAUGCUGGGCGAGGCUUUCGAAAGACUGCAUCGGUUGCUGGUGCCUUUUACUCGCCAAGUGCUUCAGAACCAGCAGGUGGAGGCCGCCAACCUGCUUAAUGGGAUUCAUUGUCGCUGUCUAGAUCUCUUCAUUAACCAGGCCUUUGACAUGCAGAGGGACCUGCAGAUAACGCCACGCAGGCUGGAGUACACCCGUGAGAAAGAGGGUGAACUCUUCACCUCCCUCAUGGCCAUCGCAAACCGCAAACAGGAAGAGAUGAAGGAGAUGAUAGUGGAGACAUUGAGCAGCAUGAAGGAGCAGCUGCUGGAGGAUGCUGCCAACCUGGAGUUUACAGACAUUAUUGUAACAACUAAUGGAGAGCCUGUUACGUCAAAGGAGAUCAAAUCUUGCAUCCACCAGAUCCAGGAGCUGAUAGUAGUCCGUCUGAAUCAGGCUGUGGCAAAUAAGCUCAUCAGCUCUGUGGACUAUUUGAGGGAGAGCUUCGUAGGAACUCUGGAGCGAUGUCUCAACAGUCUGGAGAAGUCUCACAUCGAAUCCUCUUUCCAUAAUAUCACUUCCAAUCACCUCAAACAGUUAUUAAAUGCUGCCUAUCAUGUAGAGGUCACCUUUACUUCAGGAUCCUCCGUCACAAGACUCUUCUGGGAGCAAAUCAAGCAGAUAAUCCACAGGAUAACGUUUGUGAACCCUCCUGCCAUCACACCAGAGUGGAAGCGGAAGGUGGCCCAGGACGCCAUAGAAAGUCUCAGUGCUGCCAAGCUGGCCAGAAGCAUCUGCUCCCAGUUCAGAACCCGCCUCAACAGCUCCCAUGAGGCCUUUGCAGCAUCUCUGCGCCAGCUGGAGGAAGGGCACACAGGGCGACUGGAGCGCACUGAGGACCUGUGGCUGCGUGUGAGGAAGGACCACGCCCCGCGGCUGGCCCGCCUGUCUCUGGAGAGCCGCUCCCUCAGAGAUGUGCUGCUACACGGCAAGCCUAAACUGGGUCGAGAGUUGGGUCGGGGCCAGUACGGAGUCGUGUACCUGUGUGACAGCUGGGGAGGACGCUACCCGUGCGCCCUAAAGUCUGUGGUACCACCUGACGAUAAACACUGGAACGACCUGGCUUUGGAGUUUCACUACACAAGGACUCUGCCCAAGCACGAGCGUCUCGUCGACCUGCACGGCUCUGUGAUCGAUUACACCUACGGCGGCGGCUCCAGCAUCGCCGUGCUGCUCAUCAUGGAGCGGCUGCACAGAGACCUCUACACAGGCCUGAAGGCUGGUUUAUCACUGAGGGAGAGACUUCAGAUCGCUCUGGACGUGGUGGAAGGGAUCCGCUUCCUGCACGGUCAGGGCCUCCUGCACCGAGACAUAAAGCUAAAGAAUGUUCUGUUGGACAAGCAGAAUCGUGCAAAGAUCACAGACCUGGGCUUCUGUAAACCAGAGGCCAUGAUGUCCGGCAGCAUCGUUGGAACGCCCAUCCACAUGGCUCCAGAGCUGUUCACAGGAAAGUAUGAUAACUCUGUGGACGUCUACGCCUUCGGGAUCCUUUUCUGGUACCUCUGCACUGGUUCAGUCAAACUCCCAGAGGCCUUUGAGAAAUGCUCCAGUAAGGACCAGCUCUGGAAUAACGUUAAAAAAGGAGCGAGGCCCGAGCGGUUGCCCAGUUUCGAUGAGGAGUGCUGGCAGCUGAUGGAGGCCUGCUGGAACGGGGACCCUUCCCAAAGGCCGCUGCUCGGUAUUGUGGAGCCCAGCCUGCAAAGCAUCAUGGUCCGGCUCUGCAACUGCGGCUCGGAGCAGAAAAGCAGCAGCCUGGAGGACUCAAACUGAAAAACAUUCCAGACAAACUAACACACUUGUGAUGUGAUCCCGACCAGGAAAGUGUUUCAUAUUUAUGAGAAACGGAAAAGAGAAGGUGAAGAUGAAUAACGUUCGAGCUGUUCUCCUCGUUCACAGUCGUUGGAUUUACAUUAUUUAUGAGGAGCUGAUACAGACCAGGAAGCAAAUAUGUGUUUUAUUGUUUGUGCGUUGUGUAUUUGUAUACAAACUCUACAGUCUGCUUGCGUUGUAGCUACCCUGCUAAUUGCUACUCGGUCAUAGGAUUAUUACUAGAUGCAAAUUGUUUUAAAAGUAGUCCAUUCACAGUAUUAUGAAAAAAAAUAUAAAUAUAUAAAAGAUUAAUUUUAGAUUGUAUUUAAACUGAAAAUGUCUGCAUCUCUACAAAAUACAUCUUUUUUUAAUAAAAUGUUCUGUUACAACACAUG